GCGUUAAUGUUUAGCCUGAUAACUCGUCUCGCAGGGGGCAGGAGCCACAGUGCUUUUCUUCACUCGCCCGUCUUCCACUUGCACUUUAUGUGUUUGAUCGGGUAACAAAAUGGAGGAGACGCUCGAUGAGAAAGUCCCCAUUGAAAUGAAAGUCCCUGCGGAUGACCAAGGAGGGACCGGUCGGCGGCUGCGGGAUCGGGAUCUGCUGAGGAAAAGGAAAGCCGAAGCAGAAGAGCGAGCAACUAACCAGUGGGUUUAUGGAGCUCAGAGCAGUAAGCGAGCAAAGAGGGAGACAAACAAUGUUCCGAAAAAGAAAGGCAGACCAAGAAAGAACGUCCCUGUGACAGAACAGCCUGAAAUGACGGAACAGCCUGAAAUGACAGAACAUCAAGAUGCAGGCGAAAUGCAGACACCCAGCCAAGCAGAGGAAGUGGUUACCGCAGUGGUUACCCCACAUUCUGCCCCUGUUUCUGCCCAACUGUCAGCAGCUCCUGAUCUGGAUGUCCCAGAGAUUCCUGCUGCAGUUUCUGCCACUAUCCCUCUUCCUGCUCCUGUCAGGACUCCAGAGGUAAAGCCCAGCAGUGAAGCCCUUUUUCAAGAGGUUCUGAUCGAAGAUCUCGGCCCUGAUGAGGAAGAGGACAAAGACGUCCAUCAAGAUAAACUUGUAAUCGAUCAAGAUGGUGCUGAGGAACCGUCAGCCAUCGAGCUCGCUGAACAGAACAAAGCCUUCUCAGAUACAGUGUUAGCGUCGCCUCAGCUCGACCCCCUUCCUGGAAACCUUAUCUAAUCCGUUCAGUCCCACAUAACGUUGCCUUAUCUUGAUCACUUUGUAUUUCUCUGGUUAACUUUUACUUUUGUUAAAUUUCUAAUGUGUGUAUGAGAAAUAAGCCUAUUAAAAUGAACCAGUAGCUCAUCAAACGAGUCUCGUUUACUCCUUACGUGUAAUUUUAAUUAGGAACAAAAUGUAUAUUUAUUAACGUGCCUAUUGCAUUCUGAUGUUGUUUUCUUGAGCCUGAAGACAUUUUUCUGCAACAUUAAUCAUUUUAAAUAAAAAGAGAAACAGUGAAUUUGUA